AUGCUCGCCAUGUCCUUCUGUAUUCUCGGAACCUAUGCAACUUUUGCCCAAGGCCUCAGCUCAGGCUUAACUAACGGCGGACCCGUGGCAAUUCUCUGGGGUCUGGUCCUAGUUUUCGUCUGCAAUAUCUGCGUAGGCCUCUCACUCGGAGAACUGUGCUCUUCCAUGCCCACGGCCCUGGGACAAGCGUAUUGGGUCCAUCGCCUACUCGAGAAAAACAAGGCUGGGCGGUUUUUAUCAUACAUGACGGCGUGGAUAAAUACGUUUGGAUGGUGGACGUUGACUGCGAGUCAAGUAGCGUUCAUGACCGAGUUUUUGUUGGGGAUGAAAGUCAUGUUUGAUCCAGAGUGGGAUGGCGCGGGGAAAGCGUGGGUAAAUUUCAUGGUUUACCUAGGUGUCACGUUGCUUUUCACCGUGGUAAAUGUUGCAGCAUGCCGGAGUAAUAGAUUUUUGGCGAUUUUUAACGAUGGUGUUGGCGUUUGGUUUGUAGGGCUUUUCUUCGCAAUUAUGUUGGCACUGUUGAUUUCGGUGGGUGUAAAAGACGGGAUGGAGUAUCAGUCUCCGAAGUUUGUGUUCGGAGAUUGGGAGAACAAGACGGGAUGGGGAGACGGGGUUGUAUGGUUUUUGGGGCUAUUGCAGGCCGCUUAUGGAUUGACGGCCUUUGAUUCGACGAUUCACAUGAUCGAAGAACUUCCAUCCCCGAGGUCAAACGGACCGAAAGUCAUCUGGCUAGCCAUUGUAUGUGGCGCAGCUAGCGGGUUCGUCUUCAUGGUGGUUUGUCUAUUUUGCGUCCAAGACCUAGAUCUUGUUAUCGAUGGGCCAACUGGGCUGCCGUUUAUCGAACUUGUUCAUCAGACGGUCGGACUAAAGGGCGGAGCCACUCUGAUGGUGUUGUUCAUCGUUAACGGACUAGGUCAAGGUGUAAGCCUCGCAACCACCGGCGGUCGCUUGACUUGGGGGUUUGCUCGAGAUGGCGGGCUUCCAUUCAGCAGCUACUUUUCCCAAAUCGACUCAUACUGGAUGGGUCCUGUACGAGCGCAAUGGCUGCAGGGCGUUAUCAUUGGCCUUGUGGGCGUACUUUACUUCUUUGCCUCGACAGUUCUGACGGCAAUCUUGAGUGUAAGCACGAUCGCUUUGACCAUAUCUUACGGCAUACCAAUCGCCUGUCUCUUGGUCGCUGGACGGGACAAGCUUCCCGUCGGAGGAACAUUCAACCUUGGUAGACUCGGCGCGCUUCUCAACUGGAUCAGCGUUAUCUACUGUGCGAUAACUGCAGUAUUCUUCUUCUUUCCAGGGAUGCCCGACCCUAGUAUAUCCGACAUGAACUGGGCCAUUGCGGUUUUUGGUGUGAUGCUCGUCAUAUCAGUGGUCUUUUGGCUAGUUACAGGAAAAGGCGAAUAUCUCCAAACGCAUGAGGCGGAAUUAAGGCUUGAGCUCGCAGGGAGAUUAUUAGCAGUAGAGCACACGGAUCUUGAAACAUAG